CCUGUACACAGUGGUAUUAUGUAAUCAUUUCAAAAAAAAACUAAGUAAUCAGGAAUGGAAUUACAAAAUCAAUCAUGAUCACUAAAGCCUCGUAUUCACAGGGACUAGACAACCGAAACGUCUUGUGCCCGGAGAAUCUCGAUCACCUGAUCGCAAAGUUUUCAUCCAAAUCAUUAGUUUUCAAAGUAGCCGUUGACAGGAAAUUGUACUAUGGGAAUGACUGCGUCAAUGGCGAAGUUACCAUCAACUCAGACCAAGUAAACGAAUUGCUAAUGAUAAAAGUACAACUUUCCUGCCGCAUGAGAUGGCGAUAUGGAGACUCGAGCUCGAUAUACACAAUUUACAGAGAAAGGAAAACUCUAGCACUUAAGUAUAGAUUAGAACAGGGCCUGAACAAAAUACCUUUCGCAUUCACUUUGCCGACUGAAGUCCUGAAUUCUUUAGAGCACAAUCAAGUUAAUGUUUCUUGGGAUGCCAGACUUCUUUCCUAUGAGGAAGCAAGCAACAUGGACACGGUUGCUUAUACCAGGUUCCACGUAUCAUCAUUAUACUAUUCCAACUUCGUGACCCCCCGAACGCAAGGUGAGAUCAGCUCUUUCACGAAAAAUACAGUGACGGUACGAGCCGAGGCAAGUCUGCAACAAGAUGUACAUGUUGCCGGGGAACCCGUACAUUGCCAUAUCGAGCUACUUAAACUACAAGCUAAUACUAAAGUGCGCCGCGUUAAAGCCACUUUGAAACAGCACGUGACGUCGCAUUUUAAGAACGAUCACAUGGAUCGGACAAGUGUUAUUGACACGGCAACCGUUGGUCAUGUAUCCCGAUUAUCAAACUGGGAGCAUGUAGCGAGGGACAGCAAAGUCCUCGGUAUCAGUCUUGAUGUGGGUUUAAUGGCGGAUGUCCCAAAGAAGUUGAAGUCUAGUGUUGCGGUACAGAAACACAAACGGGACCGUAUGCACCUUACACCGUCUACGUGCAUUUUUGGCACUUCUAACAGCCCUGGUCUAUUGGUGUCCUACAGCGUAGAAGUGUGUAUUGAGACCAGCACAGGCGCCGAUCUAGUACUCUCUGUCCCCUUCACUUUGCAGGGAUCCACUGACAACACACCACUCCCUGUGGAGAACCUGGAGGAGUGCUUGACGUUCGCGUUAACAAAUGAUGAACCACCGAUAUAUGAUGAUUAUAUAUGCGAAUCAGAAUCAACGUUCUCUCCAAUACACAGUACGUCAAUUGAAAUCAACGCGAUUAUCUCCGACAAUGAUGAAUCAGGCGAAGACAAACCAAAUAGUCGUUCGUCAUUUCCCAUUCCAGGCAAUCCGUCUCUAAUGAAAAGACUGAGAUCGUAUAGCCGCAGUAAGCCUCGCAAGAAAAAGAUCACUAUGAAUUAUGCCCCAGAUAUCUCAGCUACAAACUUGGUGCAAACCAGUACUUAUAAGUCACUGAUCUGAUGAGGGAUCAUAAUCGAAUAAAUAUAGCGUCC